AGAAGUGGAGCCCCCGGAGUGCUCAGCACGACACAUGCUGAGCUCUGUGUGGAAACCCACUGCGGCAGGGGCAGCCUCUCUUCCACUUCCCCAUCUCGGGCCGCGUUGCACUGGCAGCAGUGAGGCCACUUCCUGGCAGGUUUGCGACACGGGCUGCAGAAAGGCAGAAGCACAGCUAAAAGGGAGCAGGGAGAGGUUGAACGAGGAAGACGAGCAGCGAGUCCCCCAGCGUGGCCGGGUACCCCGUGUCCUGCUCCCACCGCACCAUGUCUCUGGUCGAGACGAUCCGGCUGUGGCAAGAAGGGGUGUGUGCUGCAGACAGGAAGGAGUGGAGGGCAGCCCUGGAUGCCUUCACGGCCGUGCAGAGCCCCCCGGCCAAAAUCUGCUACAACAUCGGCUGCAUCCACCUUGUCCUGGGGAAGCUGGCUGAGGCAGAGGAGGCAUUCACCCAGAGCAUCAGCUGUGACAAGCACCUGGCUGUGGCCUAUUUCCAGCGAGGAACCAUCUUUUACAGGAGGCAGAACCACGAAAUGGCCGUCAAGGAUUUUAAGGAGGCGCUGGCCCAGCUGCGAGGCAACCAGCUCAUCGACUACAAGAUCCUGGGGCUGCGGUACAGGCUCUUUGCUUGUGAGAUACUUUACAACAUCGCACUGGUGUACGCCACGAUGGAGGACUGGAAGAAAGCUGAGGAGCACCUGACGCUGGCAGCCUCCAUGAAGAGCGAGCCCCAGCACAACAAGAUUGAUAGGGCAAUGGAAGCUAUCCUGAAGCAGAAGCUCUAUGAGCUGGUGGCAAUUCCCCCAGGGAAGCUGUUUCGACCAAAUGAAAAGCAAGUGGCUCAGCUGGAGAAGAAGGACUACCUGGGAAAAGCCAUGGUGGUGGCAUCCGUGGUGGACAAGGAUGAUUUUUCUGGAUUUGCUCCACUUCAACCACAGGCCUCUGGUCCUCCACCCAGGCCCAAGACACCAGAAAUCCUCAAGGCCCUUGAAGGGCAGCCGCACCGUGUCCUGUACGAGUUCAUCCCCGAGACCACUGAGGAGCUGCAGGUCCUGCCAGGAAACAUCGUCUUUGUCCUGAAGAAAGAGAAGGACAACUGGGCCACAGUGAUGUUCAAUGGCAAGAAAGGGAUUGUCCCCUGCAACUACCUCGAGCCCGUGGAGCUCCAGAACAAGCUGCACAGCCAGGACGAAAUCCCUCCUGAACCUGAGAUCCCCGAGCCUCCCAGCUCCAUUGCUCCAGCAAAGGCCCGUCGGCCAGCACCAGACUAUGUUCCUGUUGCUACAACGCAGCCCAGAGAAGCUGCAGCGGAAACCAAAACAGCACCUUGCAUUCUCAAGGUGCAUUACAAAUACACAGUUGCGAUGCAAGUCCAGCCAGGCCUCUCCUACAAGGAGCUCCUGAACCUCAUUUGCAAGAAACUGGAGCUCCAGCCUGAGCACACACAGCUGAGGUACAAGCCUGUGGGCAGCGAGGAGCUGGUGACUCUGAGCACGGAGAAUAUGGAGGCAGCUUGGAGCCACAGCAAGGACAACUGCCUGACAGUGUGGUGCGACAUCACGGAGGGAGAGGGAUUUUUACCAGAGGAGCCACAGAAGGCAAUGCCGGAGGAGAUGGGAGCAACCCAAGUAGUAGCACAGUACAAUUAUGAAGCCACCCAGCCCGAAGACCUGGAGUUUCAGGCAGGAGAUGUGAUACUUGUUUUAUCCAAAGUGAACGAAGACUGGUUAGAAGGCCAGUGCAACGGGAAGAUAGGCAUCUUCCCAUCUGCUUUCGUUCAAGAUUGUAACACUAAAGACCCAGAAAUCUGAUUUCUAAAGAGCUAAAGGAGUCUUGGACACCAAAGAAAAUUAAGAAUUCAACUGUUGCAAUUAAGUUUCCACAUUAAUCACUGCAUCUGAAAAUGGACUGAAAAUAUUAUUGCUACAUAUAUUAAAAGCUUUAUUUUUGUUUUAA